AUCCAAUCAGAACAUGUAGUCCAGGAACUGCGUGUGCCUUAACCUCGGCAUAUAAAGCAUGCUGAGGCGGCGUCCACUCAUUUCAGGCUCUUCAGUGUCAGUGCUCGGUGUCUGCUUUAGAGAACUACGAGAAGGGGCUGCUAGCAGCCGCCUCCCGGGGCACUGACUCGCUGCGGUUGGUGGUGGCGACGGAACGGUAGGAGGGCGGCCGGCAGCGGGAGCUUCUCCUGUCGGGCAGGAGGACGAGUAGAAGGGAGAGGCACCACCACAUGUUGGAGGCUGGAGCUUGCGCCGCCGCAGCUCGCCUUACUGCAGUUGGGGGUGAUGUCGGACACUACAGCUUGGCCAGAGUGGUAGAAAUGUUGUUGCAUAGGAUUACCAGGAGACACCAGGUGCUGCAGCAGCUUCGGGAUAACUUGAGGAUGCCUCCUGGGGAAGAGACACCUCUUGUCCAUGGCGCUGACUACUGAGGACAGCUUCGGUGUGGCUUUUCUGUGGCCGGCUUCUUUGAGGCCUUUUUCUUUCAUGGAUGGUAGAGAGCAGUCUACAGCCUGAGACCCAUCACAAGGUUCCUUGUGAGACACCUGGGGGACUCCAAACAGCCGGAAUCCAUCUGCCCACUGGUCCGGAGACAGGGAUCCUCAGCCUCCUUCCAGGGUUGAUGGCCCAGGAGGCCUUCUCUGCAGGGGACCAGGACACAGGAAAGCCAGGAAGAGAUGAGCUGGGAAGGGAGCUGUUGGGGGCCAUUCUGGUUUUAAAAAUAAAGCAGGACUUUCGUUGCUUGUUAUAAAAGGAACACAUGCUCAUUUUCUGUGAUUUAGGAAAGCACAGAAAAGUAUAAGGGAAAGAAGAAUGUGGCCGUUGCCUAGCAUCAGGGAAAAAAGGGCUGUAGUUUUUAGUGUCUGCCUAGACUGUAAAGUUCUAAACUCUGAAACUUGUACAACCCAUUGUUUAAUGGUUGUCUAAUACUCCAUCACAUGAGCACAUCAUGCCCUGGUUACCUGACCCUUACUGGCUGGAGAGGUGUGGUGUUCCUAAUUUUUGCUAUUUUAAAUAACCAUGGGAUGAACCACAUUAACAUGAAUCUUUGGGUGCAUUUGUGCUUUCUGCCUAAAAUAGAUUUGUCCAUGUGGAAUUACUGGCCUGAAGGGUGCAAAUCUUUUUAAAGCUUUUGAUACAUACUGCUGGGGUUUAGCAACACCUUCCCAAGUUAGUCUCCUGACUAGAAGGGAAAGAGUGCCUGCCCUGCGGCCCCACCUGCAUGAUGAAUUUGUAUUAUUAAAAGAUAAGCCUUGCCAGAGGGACAUUUCUAGCUUGAAUGUGUGCCUGACACCGAUGUGAGCUCCGACAGUGUGCUUUGACCCCUGUGCCAGAUGCUGCAGAGGGCUACAAAGUAAGGCGAAGGCUCUGCCUGUCUGCCUCACCUCUGGUAAUGAAAGAGGCCACUUCCUUUUUUGUUAUUUCUCCUAUAAUUUUUUUUUUUGGAGAUGGAGUUUCACUCUUGUCACCCAGGCUGGAAUGCAAUGGCUCAAUCUCAACUCACUACAAUCUCUGCCUCCUGGGUUGAAGCGAUUCUCCUGCCUCGGCCUCCCAAGUAGCUGGGAUUGCAGGCAUGUGCCACCACGCCUGGCUGAUUUUGUAUUUUUAAUAGAGAUGGGGUUUCGCCAUGUUGGCCAGGCUGGUCUCGAACUCCUGACUUCAGGUGAUCAGCCCACCUCGGCCUCUCAAAGUGCUGGGAUUAUGGGUGUGAGCCACCGCACCAAGCCAAUUUUUUUUUUUUAAUGUCAAAAUCAGGUUCAAAAAUUAUGGUUUACAUUAAACAGAUGUUCUUAACAACAAUAGAAGAAACCAGGAAUGCAAUCCAGUUGUGAUCAGGAGAUCAUUUCUAGACUUGCCCUGGUCUGGAGGGUGGCAUGGUCAGAGGGUUUCUGAGCCAGGGGCCAGGGCCAGGUGUCAGUCAUCCCUGGCUGGGCUUCUGUGCUGGACCCUCUAGACCCUCUGAAGGCAGCACCUAGCCCACUCAAGGUCCCAUGGGGGGCAGUGCCCUGUGGCCCGCAGCAGGGCUACAGCUCCAUGAGCAGGGCUGUCACUGGCGUGCUUGGGCUCAGAAUUCCAUGUCACUCAUGAGAAAGUCACUGUGUCCUGUCUGCAGAGCAGGGAUCCCUGUGGGAAGAGCUCAGGAGAGCCACUUCCCCUCUGGGGCUGCCCUUGCCUGAGGAUCUUAGGCAGCCAGACCAGCACCUGGGAGGCAGUGCAGGUUUGGCGGGGAGCGGGCUGACUUCCUAGACAGCAGACAGGCUUCUUAGAGAUCCUCAGAGACAAUUGUGGGGCCUCUGGAAGUGUCUGAAUUCUACACUCCCCACCCCCGACCGCUUUCAAUUUUCUUUUUCUUGGCCAUUUCCUUUGGUGUCUGUAGUUAGGGUUCUCUAGAGAGACAGAACAAAUAGAAGACAUAUAUAUAUAUAUGAGUUUAUUAAGUAUUAAAUCACAUGAUCAUAAAGUCCCACAAUAGGCCAUCUGCCAGCUGAGAUGCAAGGAAAGCCACCCACAGCCCUCAAGCAUGUGGACAUCUGGGAAUUGGCCACUCUGCAUUAGUAAGGAGCUGUGUUGGGAGUGGAAGAGGAAGAGGCCCCCGACAUCGGCAUAUACCACUGCCCAAACUAUGAGAAAACCCAUGUGAAGUCCACCUGCAGGCCAGGCGUCCUGUGUUUUCAUUUGCUAAUCUGGCCACCCUCGCUGAGGCCUGUCACCUGGCCACCUCGCAGCAUCACCAGGUCAGAGGAAGAGUGGUCGGGGCACUUCAUUGAGCCAAGAGAAAAGCAGAAUGUCCAGCUUCGUGGAGCCACCUGACACCAUGAAGAAACUGUUCCGGGUAGAAAACUGGCCAGAUGAUGCAUUGUUGGCCAAGCCCAAAGUGAGCAAGUCCUGCCUGAUCUGCGUGAAGGACAGCUACACCGACUUCCACGUCGACUGUGGGGGCGCCUCCGCCUGGUACCACGUGCUCAAGGGGGAGCAGACCUUCUAUCUCAUCAGGCUGGCCUCGGUCGACAUCUCCUGUAUGAGUGCUGGCGGUCUGCCUUUAACCACAGCGAGAUGUUCUUUGCUGACCAGGUUCACAAAUGCUACAAUUGCAUCGUGAAGCAGGGCCAGACCCUCUUCAUCCCCUCAGGCACUGACAGAGCUCUCGUGGGCCCUGAGCCCUACAGCCUCCCAGGGCGGUUGUCCCCUGGUCCACCUCAGCUAUGCAGAGCCCAGUGGGGAAGCCUGAGCUGGUGUGUCUGGGGCCUGGACCCACCCCCAUCGUCGCCUGCUUGAUGGUCAGUGCACUGAGAAUGGCUCUUUGGUGGCUUCCAGAGCAUAUGAAGUUGAAAAGAGGUUGAAACUAGGCAGGCUGACUCAGUUUCCCAACUUCAAAACUGCCUGCUGGUACAUGGGGAAGCACCUGCAGAGGCGUUCAAAGUAACAGUGUGCAGCUGAGGGAUCCAGGCCGGUGGGAAGCUCUGCUCCAUGUCUUCUCCCAGACACCCAUAUUCAGUGGCUCUUACUCCCAUACAUGCUCAACAUAUGGCCUCUGUACCUGGUUCCAUGGGAACUACAAUGAUGUUAUUUUCCAGGCAACUUCAAAGAGGCGAGGAAGUGCCGGCAAGUCUGAUCUUUAAAAUGGUGACUAAAUAGUAGUGUGGCUAUAGAAUUUAUUGUCUAAACCCGAGCAACUUUGAGGGGAAAAGGGGAGUGCUAAACAUACUUAUAUACUUUUUGAAAUAUUUAUUUAUUAAUAGCUGAUAAUUUAUUUUUAUUGUAUCGGUAGAUCUAAAUUGUUCUAAAGCAAAUUAUAAAAUAGUUUUAAAGCAAAUUAUAAAAUAGUUUUAAAAAUAGCUUAUAUUUGUAUGCCUACUGCCACAGAAAGGAAACUGUUGGCUGUGUUGUGUGCAUCCAGAGAGGAUUAAGAAUAGAGAGAUUGGUUAUGUUACUGGACGUCGUUCAGAUACAAGCUUCUGUUACAGUGAGAACCCUUCUUGCUGUGCCCACACAGAUGUCUCAUGUGCUAUGAGAGGAAAUCAAGGGAGAGUCUGGAAGUGCGGAAACCAUCAAGGCCUACCUUAAUGCAACCAUUAAUAACGUGGUUAAAAGUGAAAAAUUCUGGGAAAAAUCCUAAACUAGAUAGGAUGAUAGACUGAUAGGAAACCCAGUUUUUUUUAGUUGGAUAAUUAUAUAUCCCGAUAAAUCUCAAGGAACAAUUCCAAAAGAACAAGAAAGUGAGAGCUAAACUUGUAUCAUGGGAAUUCAUUGUAAGUAUUAAAGACAUACGCGAACUUUGAAACUUUAACAGUUUUGAGAUAGAGAAGAAUAUAAUCAUGACAUUGUUAUACAGAAUAUGUUCUUUAUAAUAAAAUGUCUUUAAUAUUCAGGAAA